AUGUUAAAGGUAGCUCUCUCCCUAUCUGCGUGCUUAAUAGUCCUUAGCUGAGGAGAAGUCGUAGCUUGUCUAGCUCUGAUUAGACUCCUAUUUUUACUAAGUAAACCUGCGGGGUUAGAAACGACUUGUUUCAGCUUCGAGCUAGAUUAUUUUAGGUGAGCUUUGAUCGCCCUGACCCUAUGAGUGACAACAGCCUCUAUACUAAGAAGUACUAAAGUAAAAAAUAGAAGAAAAUCAAGCGCACUCUAUCUUUUAGUGCUAGUUAGUAUGUGCGUUUCCUUGUGUUUGACUUUUUCAGUAUCUAGAAGGGUCGUUUUUUACAUUUUGUUCGAAACUUGCCUGAUUCCUAUCCUGGUUAUUAUUUUGGGCUGAGGGUACCAACCCGAGCGCGCUCAAGCAGGCCUUUAUUUGCUGUUCUACACGAUAUUUGGAUCCCUACCUCUAUUGAUCAUCGUAUUGCACUGCAGAAACCUGAUAGGCUCUAGCUAUUUAUUCAGCACAGGAGCCUCAAUAACAGGCCUACUUAGAGCCUUGUGCCUUUCUUUGGCUUUUUUGAUCAAAUUCCCCAUGUAUGGGGCUCAUCUCUGAUUACUGAAGGCCCAUGUCGAGGCCCCCGUGGCAGGAUCUAUACUACUGGCGGGAGUCUUACUUAAAUUGGGGGGAUUUGGCCUAAUUCGCAUAUUUUAUUUUUUAGAUUACAAUUUUUUAAUUAUAAAAGAAUUAGCGGCCUCUGUCAGAUUAUGGGGCGGGCUGUUAAUAAGCUUAAAUUGUCUGCGACACAUAGACAUAAAAGUUUUAAUUGCCUCUUCUUCAGUGGUCCAUAUAAGAGCUUGCGUAAUCGCUCUAUUUAUCCUAAGAGACUGAAGAGUAAAAGGUUGUUUAUUGAUAAUAUUGGCCCACGGUGUCUGUUCUUCUGGCUUAUUUUCUCUGGCGAACAUAGUCUACGAGCGAACGAACAGACGAAGUAUGGUAGUCGCUAAGGGGCUACUGAACAUCACCCCAACUUUAGCGCUAUGUUGGUUUUUAAUGCUCACUGCAAACAUAGCUGCGCCUCCCACUAUUAACUUGAGGAGAGAAAUUAUAUUGCUCAUUAGUCUUGUUUCUUGAGACCUUAUUACAAUCGGACCUCUUAUUCUGCUAGGAUUUUUUAGGGCGACUUAUAGUCUGUACUUAUUUUCUAUGUCUCAGCACGGAGUCUUCAAUAAAACCAAAAGAGCGCUCAACAACAGAAGCCUCUUAGAACUGUUAAUUGUAUUUGUACACUGGAUCCCCCUCAAUGCUCUGAUCCUAGCAGUAAUAUUUAUAUUUU